AUGGUCUGAAAAAUCGAGUCUACGGGUAAAAUUCGCGCAGGAAUUCAAGGAGAGAUAACUCUUUGAAUUCAUUGAUUGACUCCACGUAUAUAGUUCCCCCGACAACCGUUACUGAAUAUUGUGUAAUUUAUCAGAAUCGCCUGCUUAAAAGCAAGCAUCUUAAUUUCGAGUCAAAAUGACGGCUAAGAAGGAAGAUUACGUACAUAAGGCUAAAUUAGCCGAACAGGCUGAAAGGUACGAUGACAUGGCCGCUGCGAUGAAAGAAUGCGUUGAAAAAUCGACUGAUGGAGAAGGGUUGGAUAACGAAGAACGAAAUCUACUGUCAGUCGCGUACAAGAACGUUGUCGGGGCUAGAAGAUCGGCAUGGAGGGUCAUAUCAAGCAUCGAACAGAAGAGCGAAUCAAACGACAAAAAACAGACAAUGGCUAGAGAAUAUAGAGAAAAAGUAGAAGAGGAGUUGAAGACUAUUUGUAAGGAAGUACUGGAACUUCUGGAUAAAUACCUUAUUCCUCAAGCUAAAGCUCUACAUGAGAAGAAAGGUUCAGAUGAGGAAGAUUCCGGACCACCUCCAGCAGAUAGUUUAGUAUUUUAUUUAAAGAUGAAGGGAGAUUAUUACCGAUAUCUAGCCGAAGUUAGUCAAGGAGACAAAAAAGGAGAAGUAGUAGGAAAAUCCUGCAGUUCUUAUAAAGAGGCUGACGGAAUAGCAGAGUCUAUGGCGACAACUCACCCUAUACGUUUAGGCUUGGCACUUAAUUUCUCCGUAUUUUAUUAUGAGAUCAUGAAUAGUCCUGAAAAGGCCUGUGAAUUAGCUAAAAAAGCUUUUGAUGAUGCUAUUACCCAUCUAGAUUCAUUGAAUGAAGAGUCGUACAAAGACAGCACGUUGAUAAUGCAGCUGCUGAGAGAUAAUCUUACGCUAUGGACGACAGACACACAGCCUGAUGAGGGAGACACUCAAGAACAGGAACAUUAGCUUUAUAUAUCUCCAUGGAAACACAUGUUGAUUGACACCACCGUGUGAUCAUGUGACUGGGAAGCUCAAUUUUUAUUGGUUGGCUGGACAUCAGAUGAUUAAAAUAAAUACUAAAAGUCGUAGGACGUCUCUUCUCAAUGGCUCUUCGCUAUUAAAAUUGUCAUCGUUGUAGAGAAUGAUAAACUUCAUUUCAAUAUCAAGUUUCCGUUCACAUGCAAGCUAAAUUCUUUUUAAAGAAAUAAUUGGGUUGGAAUUUCUUAAUAAUUUUGUUUUUUUGUUGGUGCAAGUUCCGCUGGCACAUUUCAUAUCAUAAAUUAACAAUUUUUAGGACUGAAUAUUUUUUUUCUCCCCUGUGAAUUGUUCGUAAUUUAAUCUAUCCGACAACUUGUGUAGCUAACGUGUAUACGUACGUGUUGUUAAAACUAAUUCAUUAUUAAUGAUUUUUUAUUUUAUUUUAAAAAGCUACCCGCCCCCUUCCAUCUCCAUGUAGCGUACAUACCCCCCCGGCAUAUCUCAUCUUGUUAGUUGAGAGGACUAAAAGGUGACACGUAGAGAAUUUUAAAUAUGUGUUUCUAUUGUAAACUGUUUUGGGUUAUUCGUAGAGUUAUCUAUAUAGUAAAUUAUUGUAUUCAAAUUAUUAUUAUUAUUAUAAUUUCUAACAUCCCAUCUGUAGAGCAGGAUAGUCUUAGUAGAAAUAUCGUCGGUCGCCCCCCACCCCCCCAAAUUUCCCUAAUCUGUACUUUUAUUGAGAUCCUAUUACUAUUAUUACAGUAAUCUUAUAAACUAAAACACGAUAUUUAAUAAAGCCCAAAUGAAAAGCCAAGAAAAUUUCUUUUUUCUGUUAAAUAAUGAGACUUAAAUAUAGCCUUCGACAGCCAACCGUGAAUUGAACAUUUGACCCAUGAACUUCAGUUGAGUCUUUCCUUCAUCUUUCGUCAAAUUGUAAUUAAAUUGGGAAAUUAUAGAAAGCCAGAUUUUUAUCCUUGUGUUGAAAAAAAAAUAAUAAUAAAAAAAAGUUUAACAAAUUGUGUUCGAAUAGUAUAGUUCUAUUAAAAAAAAAUGAAAAUUGAACGACUGUGACGUGAGAUACUUUGUUAUAAAAUGUCAGACUUACAAUCAAAUUUGAUUAUCAUGAUAAAUGUAUCAAAUUUGAACUAUAUUGCGCAAUAAACUUGGAUCUCUA